AUGGCGACCACCGAGCCUUCCAAGGCACACAGCAAGACCACCUUCACCUCCAGCACCCUGGCCAAGGAAAGCAACGAAAACAAGGCCUCGGGCGCCAUGGGACGGACCAAGGACGGCCGUCCGCUAAAGAUUCGCACCUACCCCAAGUUCGACAGCCUGGAAGAGGAGCGCCUGUAUCGCAAGCAGCAUCUCGCCGCCGCCUACCGCGUCUUCGCCGACCGCGGCUUCGACGAGGGUGUCGCCGGCCACAUCUCCGUGCGCGACCCCAUCCUCACCGACCACUUCUGGCUCAACCCACUGUCGAAGCACUUCAAUCAGAUCUGCGUGUCCGAUCUCAUCCUCGUGGACGAAGAUGGCAACGUCGUCAUCGGCGACGAACCCAUCAACGGAGCCGCCUUCGCCAUCCACAGUGAGAUUCACAAGGCUCGACCCGACGCCAACGCCGCCUGUCAUGCGCACAGUGUGCACGGCAAGGCCUUUUCAGCCUUUGGCCGAGAACUGGACAUGAUGACGCAAGAUAGUCUCCGAUUCUACAAAUCUCACUCCGUCUACCCGCAGUUUGGCGGCGUUGUGUUUGAUCCCGAGGAGGGCCGGAGGAUUGCGCAGCAUUUGGGAGACGGCAAGGCCAUCAUCCUGCAAAACCACGGCCUGCUGACGGUCGGCGAGACGGUCGAUGAGGCGGCAUUCUGGUUCAUCUCGAUGGACAGGACAUGUCACGCGCAACUCCUCGCCGAUGCGGCGGAGAACGGCAGCGGGCACAAGAAGACCGUCAUCCCCGAUGCUGAGGCCGAGUUUUCUUAUCAACAAGUCGGCACCCCCGCGAAGGGAUGGUUGCAUUUCCAACCACACUACGACGAUAUCCUCGCACGCUCGAAUGGUUCCUUCUUGAAGUGA